AUGAAGCUGGCAGUCAGCUGUGCAAUGAAUCAAAAUAGAAGUAUGCAGACACACGAUCUAUUUGCAAAGAAAGGAAUCCCAAUCAAGUCCUUUGGUACAAACCCCGUCAUAAAGCUCCCUGGAGAAACGAUGGAUAAGCCAAAUGUGUACAGCUUUGGCCAGACAUACCAGCAGAUUUACGAUGAUUUAUGCAUGAAGAAUGAAGACUACUACCGAGAGUCUGGGAUUCUUUACUUGUUAGAGAGAAACAUGAGAGUGAAGGAAAAGCCAGAGAACUUUUUUCAGAGGGAUGAAGACUUCGACCUAGUAAUAACUUGUGAAGAAAGGGUGUUUACCAGUAUAUUUGAACACUACGCUGAUGGGUCUUCUUGUACAAAGUCCUUCUUUAUGGUGAACUUUGACAUCAAGGACACACCAUCGGAUGCAAUUACUGGAGCUCAGGAGAUACUUGAGUUUGUAGAGGAUGUUCUUUCCCUAGAGGAAAACGGACUGAGAUAUGCGGUGGAUGAUGCAUUAAGAAGAUAUUUUGAGAGGAAGGGGACCAUGCUUCUGUUUACUGUUGUGAAUUUAUAG